UGUAACAGACGGGAGAGGAAGCCGGAAUGCGAUGCUUCCUAUCGGAAACGUCUCCAAAUCCUCGAUCCCCGGAUGAUGAACUGAGUGUUUCGCAGCCACGGCGAGCGUAGGAGUUACCGCGGGCUUCGUGGGGGCGGCCCUCGGAGGCUCGGGGGUCCCUUCGGGCACUGGGCCCCCUCCGAGCCUCCCGCUGCGUAUGCACGGGGCCAUCCGCCGUUUCAAGGAGAUAGGGUCAAGCUCCGUGAACUUGGCCCCGGCGGAGGACGGUGAAUGUGGCGCAGCGACAGGGGCCACCACGGUGAUUAGCAGGCGGCGGCGAUACUCGUCGACGGGACACGGCGGCCGCCCCAGCGUCGGCUACCGCCUCGGUCGCAGGAAGGCCCUGUUCGAGAAACGCAGGAGGGUGAGCGACUACGCCCUGAUCAUGGCCAUAUUCGGGAUCGCCGUCAUGGUUGCCGAAACAGAGUUCUCGGCCGCCGGGAUAUAUGGAAAGGCUUCUGUGUUCUCCAUUGCCCUAAAGACCAUCAUCUCCGUGUCUACAGGCUUUCUGCUGGCCCUUGUCCUCACCUACCAUGCACUCGAGGUACAGCUGUUCAUGAUAGACAACGGGGCGGAGGACUGGAGGAUCGCCAUGACCUGGCGUCGCAUAUCCAACAUUCUGCUAGAGGUGGUUGUGUGCUCCAUCCACCCUCCUCCGGGGGAGUUCUAUUUCCUGUGGGUGACGAAGUUGCCGAACCACGCAAACCGGCUGGCGUCUCGGCUGGUGCCCGUGGACGUGAUGUUGUCCCUACCCAUGUUCCUGCGCCUCUACCUCAUCUGCAGAGUGAUGCUGCUCCACAGUAAGUUGUUCACGGACGCGUCCUCGAGGUCCAUCGGUGCGCUCAACAGGAUCGACUUCAAUACGAGGUUCGUGCUGAAGACGCUGAUGACAAUUUGCCCUGGAACGGUGCUGCUCGUCUUCAUGGUCUCUCUGUGGAUCAUUGCCAGCUGGACGCUCAGGCUCUGCGAGAG